AUAUUAAUUGUUGGACAAAAGCUUCGUGCACGCAAGCCGUUCUUGCUCAUUCAUGGCUCGGGCGGAGCCAAACACCAACGUUCGAAUCUUUGCUGAUUUGCGAAAGACGGAAACACAGUGGGUCAGAAGGUGCAUUUACUGUUCGCAGCAAGAGAAGGUGCCAUCGGCUCCAUCGGAUCUCGUAACAACGGCGACCCAAACUCUAGCCACAAAAGAUGCUGUUCGCGCCGCUGGGGGCCCGCUGGAGCUCGCCAACGCGCCCAUUAUGAUCAGAUGUAGCCCUUCGCGUGGUCUUGCCCGAGCGACAAGUUCUGCCACUAUAAAUCGCCUAAAUACGCAAUCCGUCUCCCGGGUUGAACUGAGUAAACCUAUUGUGUUUGGCAAUUCGGCUCGAUAUCUCGGCUUCACAAGAGACGACGGCCAUACACACGAAUGGACCCUUUACGUAAGGCCAUAUCAAAAUGCUCACGACCUAGGCCAUUACAUAAAAAAGGUAAUAUUUAUCCUGGAACCGUACUAUGCAAAUGAGGAAGUCUUUCAGCCGCCCUUUGAAGUCAAACGGACAGGGUGGGGCGAAUUCGAUAUCGACAUUAAAGUUAUUUUUCGUCAUCGCUCGAUGCGUGCGCUCACCCUACGCCACUACCUGCGAUUGGUAGAAUACGACGGACCUGACCAGACUCCCAUUUAUACCAGUCGCAUGCAGUCAGAAAGUUACGAUGAGAUUGUCAUCUCACGACCGUCGGCCAAAAUUAAGGCCUUGUUCCGCGAAGAAACAGCCUCUCCUACGCGGGUCUAUUCGACAAUACAAAAUCGCACAGGGAACUACACAAACGAAACAACGGAUUCAUCUAUCGCGGACCUCGUAAGGCAACAACAACAAAUGCAACAACAUUCAAAAGCGACUGAAGACGCUAUAUUGGAUCAACACGCUGCUCGACGUGUAAUCCAGCUAACAAAUAUAUUGAAAGGAAAAAAGAAAGUGCUCGCCGAAAUUCAUCGAGUUAAACAUCAGCUGCUGAAAAAUCAUCAGGAGAUCAGAGCGCUACUUUCGAUUGUUGACGCGCAGUCCUUCACCCCUGCAGCCGGGGAACAAACGUCAACGUCAUCAGACGAACUAAUUACGACUCAAUAGA